GCCAGAUACGAUGUAGCAGAAUGUAUCAUAAUAUAUGAGAGGCACGUGGGAGGGUAUCUGCUCAUUUAACCCAUCUACCUUCCUGCCUUCCUACCCUUCGAGCCACCUUCACUCCGUGUUGAACUCUGCACUCUGCACUCUGCACUCUUCCCUCCUCCCUCCUCUUCUUCACGUGUAGCAUGCAUCCCUCCUCUGUCCUCUCCUUCUCCUCCUCUUUUCAUCCCAACAUCCGUCUUGCACGGCACAGCGCAUUGGCUGGUAUCCAUACAUCCAGUCAAAGCAGAGGAAAACGGGACUUGCAUAUAUGCACAACAUGAUCCCCUCCCACUCCCAUGUUGUUUAUUUUCUUCCCAAAACAACCUAGGAACGAUAGCCAAACCCACCAGGAAAUGAAAGAGCAGAAAGGAAGAGAGAAGAAAGGAAUGCAAAAUCUUCUUAGCUAAACAACUCUCUCCUGUCAAGUCUAAGCUCACUCUCCACUCUCCACUCUCUACUCUCGUCUACAUUCAUCCAUCGUACAUCUACUUGGAUUCCUUCAACGGAAAUUGAAGUAAAAUCAACCUUUAUUAACCUUGUUACGGCCAACGACCGUUCGGUACCAUACCCAUAUCCAUCACGGCACAUACACACACGUACAGACAGAGACAGGUACAUCUCGUUGUGUGAAGUGUGGCGGUCUCGUUGAUGGCUGUCAUGGUUGCAAACCAAAAACAACCCCCAAAACUCCAAACUCCAAACAAUUUGCCCUUUCUUGCCUCCUCUUUCUCUGCACGCGCUUCCUUCAACGACCUGCUCCUUCUAUUCAAGGUUCCUUCCAAAAUACGCGGGUCGCGGGUCUCUUAUCGCUCUCGUCGCUUUUCUACCUUUCAUUUUCCAAUUAUACAUUAAUUUUGCUACACAAUCUACAACCCUUGGAACUGUUCGAUUUCUCUCCAUUGCUCACUCUCACUCACUCUUUUCAGACAGGUGAAUAAGGAGGAUUCGUUCCCACCGCAAUAGUAUUCAAUGCCCAACACUUAAUUAAAUGACUUCUGGAUCUAUCUUAUUUGUCAAUUUUCUUUUGCACUUUCACUCGCUCAAUACACCAUCUUUUUUUAUUCUUCUUGAGGCAUCAAUUGAACAUAGCACUACACAUCGAUCAUCAACAUAUAGCUUUCCAACCAUUGUUCAUACCUGACCAUCACCCCUCGCAACAAUCAUGGAGUUGCCUUUCACAGAACAAGAACAGCGGUUCCUCCUUGCAGAGGUGAUCAAGACAAGCUCCAUUCCGCCAGAAAAGUUGUUGGCAAUCCUGAAUGAAAGUAACGUCAGUCCAAAUUGGAUGUUGAUGCAGGUUCCUCAAGGGCGAAACUUGGCAUCUUGUAUACAUACUUUUGAUAGUAUCGCUGGUCGGACUUACAAUAGUCUAACACCGCAACUACCCUCCGCUUCAUUAGUUUCCAGUGGCUCUCCUGGUUUCCAGAACAAACGCAAGUCUGUUUCCGAUCUUGAAUUGGCAGCUGCCGAGUCUUCUAGAAAGCGACGAACUCCAAAUUUAGAUGUUGCCUCUAUUCAGCGCAACAUACAGCCCAAGCCGGCUGCGAAUGGCUCGUCAAACUCGUUCUCCCCGCAAUUUACAGGCCAAACACCGAAAAAGCGUGGUCGACCUUCUAAGACAGAUCUCAAGAUUCGUCAAGCUGAAGAGAUAGCGCGUGGAGAACGAAUAGAUUCACUUGCAACUUCUAAGGGGCCCAUCGAGUCUCCCAUUGCUAGUGGCGGAGAUAUCACCCUGGAAAGCAUUUUGUCUUCUGAGCCUAUUGUUACCCUCGCUCAAAAGCCUGAGCCAAGUGCAGUCAAUUCUACUGGCGACAAAAUGGAUUCCGGUAGAAAGAGACGUGGUCGACCAACCUCCAGGUCUUCGAAUGUCCCUAGGACAGGCGAAGGCAGCUUCCCCAUUCUCCCUGCCCAAUUUCCGCAACAAAUUCGAACACCGCCACGAUUCGGUAUCCAGCAGACAUUUGAUAAAUCUAUGAGAGCCCAAUUCCAACCGGAGUCUGGUGAGGCUCAAAUUACUCGGGACAGUCACGGGACGCAAUCUAACGCCCAGAGCCAUAUUGAAGGACGUCAAAUGCAUGCUAGCGGUAAAGCAAAUGAUAAAGAACAGCAGGAGAUGCAAUACAAAGGCACAGAUAUGGUAGGAAAGUCGAAGGACAAUUAAAGAUCUGACAUUCGAAUUGGUCUCUGUCACACCUCUUGGCCAAUUAUGAGCAAUCUUUAAGCGUCCACCCUACAUAUAUCAACACAUGCCAAACUUCCUUCACGAGAAAUAUCAGUUUAUAUCUACCUCUUUCAAUAAUUUUUACUCGACAAAUUACGACAUAGUUCUCGAUUCUAUGAUUCAUAUUAACGGCCUCUUUUAAGAGUUUAUGCCCAUAACGAAGUCAUACCUUUCGUUAUAUAACACCUGUCUAUGCGUCACGAUCAAAUGCAAUGCCACUUAUCCCAACGAUAACCUUUCUUCCUUUCUCUUCUCUUCUUUAUGCUACGAUACCUUGUUUAUAAUGGAUUUGGAGCGGCAGCGUUGAAAUUGUUUUCCUCUUCGUUUUUGUUAUUUGACAAUAAUUGCUGCCGCGCGGUGAUACACCAAGCCUGUUCUUUAUUUCUUUGCAUCAUAAGUAGGCGUUAAAAUUUAUGGUUGUGGAUUGGAAACAAAUAUCGAAGGGAAAUGAGAAGAUAUGCUUUGGAAAUCUCUGAAAUCUGAAGAAUAGUGGAAAGGCUUGGUUAAGAGCGAACAAAUAUGCCACGGUGCGGAGGAAACACCAAUCUACAAUGCGAAUAAUGAAGAACGAACGAACGAUCAUUACGUGUAAGAUAGUUAACGAAUGAAUGUACAAUAUUUCGAAUGUUUCUAUGCUGUUUAGGAUUUGUUGUGUACAUAUCGGGGAGUAUUCCAAUGCUUUUUGUGCUAGUGAUAUCGAUAUCCGUACGCAGCAUCUAAUUUGGUAUUGUGAUACUACCCA